AUGAAGGCCCUGGGCGCCGUGGGCGCCGCGCAGGUCCUGGUGGCGCUGGUGGCUGCGGCUCUCUGCGGCCCGCGCCCCCGGCUCGGCGUCAGCGCCGCCUUGAACUCAGUCCUCCACUCCAACGCCAUCAAGAACCUGCCCCCGCCGCUGGGCGGCGCUGCGGGGCACCCGGGCUCGCCUGUCAGCGUGGCCCCGGGGAUCUUGUACGACGGGGCCAACAAGUACCAGACCAUUGACAGCUACCAGCCCUACCCGUGCGCGGAGGACGAGGAGUGCGGCACCGAGGAGUACUGCGCCGGCCCCGCCCGCGGAGGGGGUGCGGGCCCGCAGGUCUGCCUGGCCUGCAGGAAGCGCCGCAAACGCUGCAUGCGCCACGCCAUGUGCUGCCCAGGCAACUACUGCAAGAACGGAAUAUGCAUGCCAUCGGAUCACAAUCAUUUCCAACGAGGGGAAAUCGAGGAAACCAUUAUCGAAAGCUUUGGCAAUGAGCACAGCACCCUGGAUGGGUACACCAGAAGAACGACACUGUCCUCAAAAAUGUAUCACACGAAAGGACUAGAAGGGUCUGUCUGUCUCCGAUCAUCGGAUUGUGCUACAGGGCUGUGCUGCGCUAGACACUUCUGGUCCAAGAUCUGCAAACCUGUCCUCAAGGAAGGUCAAGUGUGCACCAAGCACAGGAGAAAGGGCUCCCAUGGGCUGGAGAUAUUCCAGCGCUGUUACUGCGGAGAAGGUCUGUCUUGCCGGAUACAGAAAGAUCACCAUCAAGCCAGCAAUUCUUCUCGGCUUCACACCUGCCAGAGACACUAA